AUUGAAGAGUUUUGCAUUAUUCCUAAAUGUUUGCUUGCAUAAAAAUAAAAUAUCCUAAUUAUAUGUGAGGGAAAAUUAAAUGUAAAAUUUAUAAAAGUAAAAGUUAAUAUGUAAAUGUUCGAAGAAAUAGGCGUAUAUAUAUAAUAUAAUAAAAAUAUCAAUAUGAAGGUGAUAAUAAAUGUUAAAUAAGGGUAUUAAAAAUAUGAUAAAAAUUUAAAAUUCCUGAGGAUAGAGUAUCCGUUAGUCACCAAUUUAAUUAAAUUAAAUUAAAUCACUUAAAUGAAAAUCGUGCUUUUGUGUGAAUGAAUGAUGGAUGAAUAAACUACAUUUUUUUUUUUUUUUUAAAUUCAAAAUUCAGUGCGACUCGAGAAAUUUUUCUCAGUGUACGUGUGAAAGGUAAACAAAUCACUCACUGUAAGUCCAUCGGCGAAAGAUCGAUCUCUGCUUUGGGGUCGCUGUAAUGAGUUAGUGGGUUUUUGCACUCCAUAGAAUUUAAAAACAAACUAAUUUCCGCACGAGAAUGAAAUAAACGAUUUAAAAUAAACUGAUGAUCAUUUUUGUUUCGCGAAAGUUUACAAAAAAAAUAAUAAUCUUCAUUAUUCUUCGAUUUCGUUUCUCUUCACUUCACUAAAAGCCUGUAAUUAAUUUAAAUUUAAACUAAAAAUUAAAACUAUUGAAUAAUAAAAAUAAAUAAAAUUAAACAUGUUAAUAACGCUCGUGAUUUGGGGAAUGAAAUGGUGAUGAAAAAAAAAGAGAUCGCCAUGAGGUUGGGGCUGGUCUGCUAGGCUAGCGGUUUUUUGAUAAUUCCCCUUUUCUCAUUAUUCCAUAGCUGAUGGGGGUCAACGCCCUUUCGCUCAACGGGUCUUGGGCAGCGUUGGGUCUUCGAAAAUUCUCUUAUACCAUCCCUAACCUCAGUUUUCCGGCCACCUAGGAGUUAGUUUUCCGGCACCAAUGAUUUAUGAGGGGAAAAUGAUGAUGAUGAUGAUGAUGAAGUUGCUGAUGAUGAUGGGGAUCACGGACUAACCGGUUGGGGUGUAGCCGCUUCUGAUCUGGGAGCCUCCACCAGGAGAGCUCCCAGGGUGCUUUGAUGUGGACCGCAAAGAAUCUUUAAGAACGGCCACAAUAAGUACCCUGGAGGUAUAAAAAAAUAUUUUUUUUUAUAUUCACCUGACAAAUUAUAAUACGACGGCGACGAGGUCGCGCUUUUAUAAAGCCGCGACGAUCCAAAAAAAAAACCCACGAACAUAGGCUUAGGCCUAUGUAGGCUACAACUUUUUAAUUAUUUACAGAAUAUAUGUACUCCUAAAAACGAUAUUCCUCUCUCAACGAUCGAUAAUGAAAAUUCUAUCGAUCUAAGGUCUCAGCAAACUUUAGAUGAAAAUGAAAAUCAUAUUCCUCAAUCUGUGAUCGAUUCAAAUGAAAAUUCCAUCGAUCUAAGGAAUGAUCAGGAUAAAAAGUCAAAAACUAAUGUCAACAGCGAAAGAAGCUACAGAAAGCCUGCGCAAGAAAAGGCAAAGGCAAAUAUUGUAUCAUUAACUGAGAGAGCAGCAGUCCUGGCGCAGGCAAAUAAUUCAACAAUGUCUAGCGAAAUCCAAAAGGAGCUUGUUAAAACUAGGCGAGAAAUUAAAAAGGAAAGCAAAAGCCUCAAGCGCAAGCAACAAAUUGCAGAAGAUCAAAAUAAAUACAGGCAGAAUAAAAAACCGCUUCUCCAUAAAACUUUUUUGGAGAUAGCCAUGUUUGGAAGUGGAGCUGAUGAAAGGAGGCGCACUAACCUUGUUAGAAGUGUGAAAACCUUGUCUGAUCUCCAUGAAGAGCUCAAAAAAGAAGGGUUUAACUUGUCGAGAAGCGCAACCUAUCUAAGACUAUUGCCCAGAAGCUCUUCCUCGAUUGAAGGAAAAAGUCAUGUGAGAACGGUACCGGUAAAGCUUUGUCGAGCCCAAGCAGAUUAUCACAAGCAGCAUAUAGAUGGAUAUUUUGCUACAGCAUCUAUAAAAUAUCUUGAAAACGUUGCCUCUGUUCUUGGCCCUGCUCAAGUGUUUUUUUUGUCACAAGACGACAAGGCUAGGGUGCCAAUUGGUUUGGCUGCUGCAAAUAAACAAGCACCGCUGCUUAUGCAUCUUGAAUACAAGGUCAAGCUGCCAGAUCACGAUUGGGUUGGUGCCCCAAGGCAUAAGCUAAUCCCAUCAGUUUAUGCGGGGGUAAUUAUAAGUCCUCAAAAAAUGGGAGACCCGAAAGCUGUUGGUUAUUCUGGCCCCACAUUUAUAAGCAUUAGAAGUGGAAAGCAUUCUUCAUCUACUGCUGGAACUCAUGCUAGAGAUUUCGACAGUAUUGUGAAACUAGAGUCUUUUAAAUCAUUAGCAAGGACCGAAGAAGGACUAGUCAAGCCUGUGGUGACUUUAACUUCCGAUGGUGGCCCUGAUGAAAAUCCCAGGUAUGGGAAGGUUAUUUCCCAUGCAGUACAACAUUUUAAGGCAUACAAUUUGGAUGCAAUUUUUGUUGCCACAAAUGCUCCAGGAAGAAGUGUUUUUAACCGAGUCGAAAGGAGAAUGGCCCCACUAAGCCGGGAAUUGUCUGGGUUGAUUUUGCCGCACGACAUGUUUGAAAGCCAUUUGGAUAACCAAGGCAGAACCACAGACUUCGACUUAGAGGAAAAAAAUUUUGAAUUCGCUGGGAGAACAUUGGCCAAAGUUUGGGGCAACUUCCUGUGACUGCCAAAUAUUGUUUUCCUAAUGAAGAAGAGGCAGAACUGGAUGACAUAGAUCAGUACUGGUAUCAAGAACAUGUUCGUGAGAGUCAAUACUUUCUUCAGAUUGUGAAAUGCCGUUCUGAAGAAUGUUGUGGAGAAUUUAGAAGUGGAUUACUUCAAAUUCUACCUGAUCGAUUUUUCCCUCCUCCUAUACGUGUUGUUCAGGGUGUCUCUGAAAUAAUGGUUUCCGAGAACAAUGAGAAUUUUCUGGACCUAUUACAACGCAGAGCUCUCGUGAUAUCAAUAAAUAAACACAACAAAUAUUUGCAUAUUCCCUACGACUUCAAUUGUCCGUCGG